CCCCGCCCAUACUUCCUAAACCGUCAUUGCACCGAGCAAGCAAAACCUGCGCCGCUCAGACUAGUAAACAUGGGCAUUUUAAUGAACGCGUUUCGGCUUUUUUUCCAAAUGUUAAGCCUCCCAUUGCAGUUACUGGAACUGUUAGGGAUAUACGGCGCAUAUAAGCGCAUCUUCCCGUUCUUGAUUUAUAAAAUGUCAGUUUCGUACAACAAGAAAAUGCAUGAGCAGAAAAAGGAACUGUUCCGAGACUUAGCGGAGUUCGCCAGGGAUGGCAGGGCGUUGCGGCUGCUGGAGAUCGGCUGUGGAAGCGGGAGCAACUUCCAGUACUACCCCCGCGGCUGCACGGUAGUGUGCACAGACCCGAACCCCCAUUUCAAGAAGUAUUUGCAGAAUAGUGUCGCCAGUAGCGAUCACCUGAAGUUUGAGAAGUUCGUGGUGGCCUCAGGCGAAGAUCUGCGGGAGGUGGAGGACGGCUCGGUGGACGUAGUGGUGUGCACACUGGUGCUGUGCACCGUCAAGGACACGACGCAAGUGCUGGCCGAAGUGCGCCGCGUAUUACGGCCUGGUGGCGCCCUGUUUUUCAUGGAACACGUUGUGUCGGAUCCAUCCACCUGGACCUUCUUCAUGCAGCAUGUUCUCCAGCCUCUUUGGUAUUACUUUGGAGAUGGCUGCGAAGUUACGAGAGAUACAUGGAAGGACCUGGAAGCCUCCAGGUUCUCAGAGCUCAAAUUAAGGCACAUUCAAGCACCUCUUUUCUUCCUUAUAAAACCACACAUUGUCGGUUAUGCUGUCAAGUGAAAUGAGUAGAAGCCAGCACCCCCAGGAUAAACUAGCACACACCAGUAUAACCUUUCUUUAAAAAUGUAAUUCGUAGCAAAUUCUGGAAAUCAUUGAGUGAGGUUUUUUCCCCCUUGGAGGGAAUUUGUAUGAGAAAUGGCUUCAGCACUGUUAAUGAUAGCAGACACAAUCUGUAUCUUUGCCACCUGUAUGAAACAUCUCCUGUCAUUUGUUUGAAUCAUUUUAGAAUCAGAAAUUAAAACACCAAUUUAACCCUC